UGGUGUAGUGUGUUUGUCCCUUAGGUAGUUGUGUCUUGCUAUAUAAUCAUUAAAAUUUACAAUAUACUAAAGUCAGAGAAAUACUGAACUUGAUUAAAAAAAUAAAAAAAAAACUACUUCGGAGUCUCUUGAGGGCUGAGUUAUGUUUGCGAACAAGAAGGCCUGGUUUUCGAGCAGUGUUUCACAGUCACUUCGGGAUUUUUGGCUCACGGAGGAUGGGAUAGUAACAGGUUGGAAAACAGCAGAUUAUAUUUUUAGUGCUGAUGCUGAACACCCUGACACACUCAGGAUUUUUCAAAGCAUGGAGUACAUCAGGGACAAGGUGACGGUUUUUCACAGCUUGUUCCUGAAUUCAUGUAGAAAGCGACAGAGUACCAAGUCAGUGAGCAUCGGUCACUAUGUGCUGCCUCCGGUCCCAGUGCAGAAUGCCAUGAGAAAUGUGGUUGGAAGACUUAUUUGGGACCAUGACCAACCAUCUACACAGAGUUUUGCUGACCAGGCCGCCGAUAAUGACAAGGAAGCAGAGUACGUCAAUGACGGGUUUGUUAAGAAUUGACCACAAAAGAAUAUAAUAAGAAUACAAUGCUGUAAUCUUCAUAUUCUAACAGGAGUGAUGCAUUUAGUGCAAGCACAUCAGAGAAUUAAUUAUGCACAUGUCGCGACCCGAAGGAUGAUCCAAUAAAUUAGUGACACUGGUACAUGUGAAACAAUUACAAGUUUUAUUUGGACUUAUGGCAAAUCAGUAUUGAACUGAUAGGUCGUAUUCACCUAGGGGGGAAGUUAGAAUGCGGCCCAUUGAGCUGGUGAGAACAUCUGAGCCAUCAUAACCAUUUGUAUGUAAUUCACUGGAAUUAAAUGCUGUUUGGUUAAUUUAAAGUAGGGGUGUCCAAACUACGGUCCAG